UUUCCUCUUGGGUGUGGAACCAAGACCCCCCGGGCCUGUACGCCAGUGAUUGAACGUAAAGCUUAAUGUAGGAAGGGUCCCUACAGGGGGGCAUUAUAGAGCCAUUUGAAGGUUAUAGAUGAAGAGCCCCUACUGCGUGGGGUCUGGGGCAAAGCCCCGGUACUAGUAGCUUAUUUGCAUAAAAUUUAGCAAGCUUAUAGCACAAUGUUGUAUGCAGUCCAUCUUUCUUCCCGCUCUUUAUUUUCUAUCCUCGGCAACCCGGUCAUGUUAUUAAGCUUUUUGUUCUUGUCCCUUUUCUUUGUUUUCCUAUCUAGCUUUUGAAUAAUUCCAUUCUACCUUCAUUUCCCGCUAUUGUUUGCCAUUUUGUCAUCUUUUCAUUCAUUUCCCAUCAUGCUAUUGCAUUACAUAGGCCUAUUUCGGAAUGAUAUGUUUUUUCUCAAAUGUUCUUUCGUUCCUUUUCCAUUAAAAAAAAAUAUUCGUUUUCUUUUCCCUUUUCCCCUUCCUUUUCCUCUUUCCCUUUCUUUCUCCCUCCCUUUUCUUUUUUUCCCCGUUUUUUUUAUUUUCCCGGUGAAAUCCGCCAGGGGGGCAGCUUGCCCCCCCUGCCCCCCCCCCCCGCCUGUUACGCCACUGUAUAGUACCACCAUUAUUGUUAUCACUAUAAGCAAGGAGAUUAGAGUGAUAUCUGCUUGCUAUAAGUGAAGGAAAUCCCAAAUGAAGACACUCAAGUUACCACUGACAAAGAUAGAAGGAUAUCCCUGAUUAACCAGUAACAAUCGCGCUCCCUCUCACGUUCCUGCUGAAACGAACACAGCGGUUCAGUAAUUCAAAUUUCCUCUUCAUACGUCUGUACGUGGUGUUCGCUGCCUCGGCGUAUAGCAAGGAGAUAUCACUCUCUCCUUGCGUAUAGUAACUAUGUUGUAUUGUACGAUACUCGACCCGAUGAACGAACAUGCCGACCAGCUCUCUUUUUCUGCUUCUUCUUGCAUUUAUCAUGCAAUGUAGAUUGUCGUAUGAAGCUCGUAUCUUACUAACGACAGGAGCAAAUUUCGGCAGUCACUUUUCAGUAUUUUCUAAUGUGGGACACGCCCUUGUCGACAGAGGACACACCGUUACAGCUCUAAUCAGCGACGCCUUCGAUAGCGCGAACGACCAGCGACUGGUGAACUUGAAAGUGGAUGUAUAUUAUGAUGGCAAUAGAGAAAGUACCCGUGAAUAUACGGACGCAUAUACUAAGCAUCUUAUGGGAAAGAAGUCGUCUGGCUUAACCAAUCUAUUUCACUGGAUACCUCCAAAUCUCUAUUCCGCCAUCGACAGUUGCAAUGACAUGAUCAACCAUUUUGAAAACAGAAAACAUCACUAUGAUCUAAUAUUACUUGAUGGACACAGUUCAUGUUCGAUCUUUCUCGCUUGUCGACUAACAGUUCCCUAUGUUAUUCUUAUACCGAGCGGCAUAAAACCAAGUCUAGCUCGACGUCAUGGAAUUCCUGAUACAACGACAUACUAUCCAGAAAUGUCAACAGGUUUAUCGAAUCGAAUGACUUUCUUACAGCGUGUCUCGAACACGAUCAGCGGGAUCUUAGCUGAUCUACUGUCAUUUGUCGAGUACGACGUUUUACAUUUCCUUUUGAGUAUGCGAUACAAUAUCACAAAACCUGAUCGCAACCUUGUGUCAAAUGCUCAGCUUAUUCUUGUGAACUCAGAUUUCUCUGUGGAUUAUCCAUUUCCCUUACAUCCUAAUGUAAUUACAGUCGGAGGACUUACGACUCGACCACAUCAGCCACUUAGUGAGGUAAGAUCUUAACCAAUCUCCAGUAGCAGCGAAUAAAUGAU